AUGUUCUACUCCCAGUCGAUCCUGGCGAGGAAGAGCCCGCUGGGCACGGUGUGGAUCGCCGCGCACCUCGAGCGCAAGGUCAAGAAGGCGCAGGUCGACGGCAUCGACAUCCCUACCUACGCCCAGUCCAUAAUGUUCCCUGAGGUUCCAAUUGCUCUGAGGUUAUCAGGGCAUCUUCUUCUAGGGCUAGUUCGCAUCUACUCAUGGAAGGUGAAUUACCUGUUUCAAGACUGUAAUCGAAUGCUGAGCACAAUCAGAACCGCUUUUGCCUCUGUGGAAGUAGAUCUACCAUUUGAUGCCGACCGUGCUCCUUUUGAGGUUAUCACAUUGCCAGAAACAUUUAACCUUGAUGACUUAAACCUGGAUGAUGCAAUUCGUCAGAUGGAAACGCCAGAUAAUCAUCGUAAAACUUUUGAACAGAUCACCUUGUCUGAGGAACAGUAUGUGACGAUCACUCUUGAUGAGGAUGGUAGAGCAGAACCAUCUCCUGCUGGCCGAUCCUUGUUUAUUGAGCCUGAACCACCUGAGCAAGGGACAUUUCCCCCAUUCCCUGAGGAUGCCAUGUUUGUAGAUCCUCCAGAAGGCACAAACACUAUUAAUGGGGAGCAAGACUCACCAGAAAGAUUGCGUGAAGCACCCGAGAGCCUGCUGAACUUUAAAGGUGUUAUUGAUGGCAGUGACCCCAUGGAUGAAGAUCCGUCACCCUUCAUAUACAAGGCUACCACACCACCAGCAAUGGACUCAUCUUUAUCCGCUGGUAGAGGAUCUUUGCCUGGGACGUCCAUGCCCAAUGUAUCAAGGAGUAUCAGCCAUGAUCCUAUUGAAGAUGAAGAUCCAAGCGGCACUGGAAUCUCGUUACCUGUAUUUGUCCUGGAACCAUCUCCACCUCAAGUACAAGAUAACAAGAGAAAGAGAACGUUGGAAGUACAAGAGAACAAGAGAAAGAGAACGUUGGAAGUACAAGAGAACAAGAGAAGCCGCAUAUUUGAUGAGAACAUAGUAAUCUCCAAUGACUAUAUGGGCAAACAAAUUGCUGGCAAAGAACUAUGUAAGCUGGCUUCCAAGAGGAAGAAACUACCACAUACAGCAGUGGAUAUUUGGAAAUAUAACAGGAUCCGCCAAAAGGACAGCUUCUUCUUUGAACCUUUGGUACACGGAAUGUGUACUGACCUGCAUAAUGUCUACAAGGCUGAAUUCCCUCAGGCGAGUGCCUCUGGUGCUGAGUCUGCCUCUCAUGAACGGGCUAACGAUGUUGCAAAUGUUGAAGAGCAGGAUGCACUGCCUGACCGCCACCUUACCCCCAAGUCUCCAGGAAAUGCCGAUGUACAACCUGAACAAGUCACUGCAACGUCUCCAGGAAAUGCAGAAGCACAGCCUGAACCUCACCUCACCCCAUUGUCUCCAGAAAAUGGAGACGCAACACCAUUUGAUUUUGCACCUGAGCUUCCUCGGUUCUCUCCAGGAGGGAAUCAAUCUCCAGUAAGAUAUGAUGAUACUCCUUUCAAGACUCCAGGUGGAACCCCACAGUCUAGACCUGGAGGAACUGGUGCUACGGAAAUACCAGCAACAUAUGGCAGUUAUGCAUCACCUGGACAGGGCACUCGUGUGUCUGACCCGAAUGGAUCUCCAUUCCCGUUUGAUGAUGAACUUGAGGAAGAUCUGCCAGAGAUUCCUGGACUCAUCAGUACACCUAGCAUGAUCUCUAGUGCGAGUACUGGCACCACAGGAUUAGGUAGCAUGUCUACUAGGACAAGGGCUGUUGCUGAGUAUUUCAGAAACAAGAUAUCUUCAGCCUCAUCAGACGAUCAACGGGGGAAAUUCUGUUUGAACGGAAUCUUGGAAGGGAGGACAAGGAAGCAAGCUGCACGCAUGUUUUUUGAAACAUUGGCCCUGAAGAGUUACGAUUAUAUUGAUGUCGAGCAGGAAGAAGCAUAUAGUGAUAUUUCAGUUUCGCUUAGACCUUCACUCUCAACCGCCAAACUCUAA